UCAACCAAUCAUUUUCGCAUUAAGCACCUCGCACUUUUGUCGCUUUAAUUCACCGUAGGCCUACUUUUAUAUUCAUGACAAUAAACUGAUAUAUUUAAACAUGGAAGAUCAAAUGUGCCCUCGUUGUAAAACGACAAAGUAUAGAAAUCCAGCUUUGAAGUUGAUGGUCAAUGUCUGCGGACACACAUUAUGUGAGAAUUGUGUGGACCUGCUCUUUGUGCGUGGCUCGGGGGCUUGUAUAGAAUGUGGAACUGCACUCAGGAGGAACAAUUUCAGACUACAACUUUUUGAAGAUGCUGGUGUGGAGAAGGAAGUUGAUAUCCGAAAAAAGAUACUCAGAGAUUUUAAUAAAAAGGAAGAUGAUUUUGGAACGCUCAAGGAAUACAAUGAUUACCUGGAAGAAAUUGAGACAACAAUCUUUAAUCUAGUCAAUGGUGUGGAUGUUGAUGACACAAAGAAAAAGAUAGAACAGUAUAAGAAGGAAAAUUGGGAACAAAUAAAGAAGAGCAAAUCAAAAAUGAGUAAGGAUGAGGAGUAUUUAGAAUAUCUAAUAGACGUUGAGAAACAGACAAGCGAGGUCAGGAAACAUCAACUCAUCGAGGAAGAGACAAAACAGAAAAAUGUGAAGAAGCAAAGAAAGCAAGCCAUAAUUGAUGACCUGAUGUUUUCUGAUCUGCCUGCCGAUCUGAUUCUUGCUCAACAUAAAGUAAAGGAAGAAACUGAGCCUGAGAUAACAAGCAUUCCUCGGCAAGCUUUCACUAAAUUUUCAACAGGAGUAAAACUGGGUCACCGCAAUGAGGAAUUUUCUUUUUUAAAGCAAGAUUUUGGCAAUGUUUACAAACAUACUGACCUUGCAUUAGAAACCUGUGGACCAGAAGUGCCAACCUGUGAAAAGUUAGAAAAAGAAGGCUAUUUAUCACAUAUACGAGGGUCAUCGGAGGCCGAUCUUGCUGGAGGAUUCGAAUCUAAGAUGGCGUGCCAUCGAGCUCUCCAGGAAGCUCUAUGUGGACUGUUUUACCACUUUGAAACAUCAAAUCCAUUGUCUGUGCCGAGUAGUACGAGUAGUAGUGAUGUAGCAGAUGUGGAAAUGAGUUAGCAGGAGCUCAAAUAAACUGACGCCAUGACACUAAACAUAUGCCAUAAUAUGGAGCAACAUUGGUUGUGGUGAAUGACUAUUUUGCUGUUAUAAUGAGUGAGGCUAUCAACUACCAAAUGUCCCGGAGCUGUUUACACCUCUUGACUUUACUGAGAUGGUACUAUCUUGGGUGCCGAGAAACUUCUUGUAUUUUGAAGGCCACUUAUGUGUCGAAGUUCCAAAUUGAGCAUCAUUCAAAAUGAGUGUCGGAAUAAAUUUAUUUUUGAA